AAAAGACGAAGACCGCAUGCUAUGGUUGUUCGGAUAAUUUUCGAAUUCACGUUCUUAAAGUCAUAUGAUUCACAGCAAAUAUAGCAACAAAUAUCUCAAUUCGCAUUUUCCAAAGCCACGAAACGUGCAUUGAGUUUGGAGCGAUAUCUGAAGUGAAGAUUGAAGACGUGAUAGAAGAUGGACGACUACUGCUAUGCUAAGAUGGCGACGUCCGCUAAAAGAGAACAUGAAAGAGAAUCAGCGCCACCAACUUCCAGCAAAUCACCAACGGAGAUAAAGACGAAAGAUGAAGACGUCCAGCAGCUGAUCGGUAAUCCAGAAGAAGUUUCCCCUCAGUUAGGGGGGAGCUCCACUUUGAAGCAGGAGACUCCACAACCACCCUGCAUUAAAAAGGAAGAGGAGGAACUCUGCAUCACUCAGGAGGGAGAGUGUCUUCUAGGACGAGAGGAAGCUGAUUACACCAAGUUUCCACUGAGUAUUCUCUCUGUGAAGACUGAAGAUGAUGAAGAGAAACCACAAGUAGACAACCUCUUAGCUCCACUAUCAGAUAGUGAGGCUGAAGACGAGGUUGAAGAACCUUUGAGCAGCGAUAAAGACUGUGAAGGUGAUAUGAGGACUCACACUGACAACAAACACUCUGAAUGCUCUACAAAGAAGAGAGGUAAAACAUGUUUGAGCUGCUCAGUUUGUGCUAAAAGCUUUACUAAAAAGAGCCGUUUGACUCGACACAUGAGAACACACACAGGUGAAAAACCCUUUAAUUGUUCAGUUUGUGGCAAAAGCUUUUCUCAAAAUGGCUCUUUGACUCAACACAUGAGAACACACGCAGGUGAAAAAACCUUUAAUUGUUCAGUUUGUGGCAAAAGCUUUUCUCAAAAUGGCAAUUUGACUGGACACAUGACAACACACACAGGUGAAAAACCAUUUAAAUGUUCAGUUUGUGGCAAAAGCGUUUCUUUUAAGAGCAGUUUGACUAAACACAUGACAACACACACUGGUGAAAAACCCUUUAAGUGUUCAGUUUGUGGCAAAAGCUUUUCUAUUAAGAGCAUUUUGACUCAACACAUGAGAACACACACAGGUGAAAAACCCUUUAAGUGUUCAGUUUGUGGCAAAAGCGUUUCUUUUAAGAGCACUUUGACUAAACACAUGAGAACACACACUUGUGAAAAACCCUUUAAUUGUUCAGUUUGUGGCAACAGCUUUUGUCAUAACAGCUCUUUGUGGCGACACAUGAGAACACACGCUGGAGAAAAACCAUUUAGUUGUUCUGUGUGCUGUAGAAGGUUCCCACAUAAAGCAGAUGCAGUAAAACACAUAAGAACACACAAGGGAAAAUAACCUAUUAGCUGUUUAGUUUGUGGUAUGUUGCUCAUAUGUGGUGACAUCCACCCUACCCAGGACCUCCUCACUGCUUCUUUCACAAAUAUCUGAGGUAUUCAUACAAACUUGGAUUAUUUGGAGCAUAAUCUUAUCUACUCAUGACCCCAUGUCUUCUCUGUAUCUGAAACCUUGCUGAACAGUAAGAUAGAUGAUGCUUCAAGUGCUUGGUUACUCCUUCUUCAGUCCUGGGGCCUCAUGUGUCAAGUUUGUGCAAGCUCAAAAACCUGCACUACACCCUUUUUCACUGCAAAGUUGAGAUGUAUCAAAACUGACGUUGACGCAUAAGUGAUAACUGUUUGCAUAACAAACUGCCAACUUUUACUCCUCAGACUGGUUGAUGUGCAAAUCAGAGACUUAUGAACAAUUAACCCCCAACACCCACAACCCA